CAACCCUUAUCAUAUCAUCGCAUCUGUCUGAAUAAGCAAUUGGAUAGUAGUUGUACUUAUCCUCAGAGCUUUUGAGGAGCAAAUAAUUCAGCAAAACUUCUAUGGAGGAACGGCUAUCUUCGAAACAUAGGAAACGCAGAGAUAAAGUAGAAGAACGUUUUACUGAACCGGGCUCCAGUAAAGGCAAAGAAUACCGCACUGACACAUACCAGUACGCAAUAAAGCGGACACCAACGCCAUCCAGCCAACAUGACAGCUAUGGCGACGGUUUUGAUAUACCUACUGGAAGCAAAGUGAGCAGAACUGCAUCACGUAAUGGAGACGUCUGUCGGAAUUGUUCUCGUCCACACAGCCGUAACGAUGUUGUUCCACUUGAUAAAACAUGCUACGAAGAUGGCUUUCGCAAUACUCCAAUAAUGUUGCCAAAAAAAACUCCUCCAAAAAUGGACAGCUUCCAAAACAAAAAUCCAAAUGAAUUCAUUUUAAAGAAGAGAGUUCGGUUUCAGCUAAAUCCGUCUAAAUCAACUCCUAACUUUCGACAAAAGCCAGAAAAAAAUAGUCAUUCUGUAUCUGAGCCAAAGCACUAUGGCUUGCAAAAAGACUGUCAAGCAAUUCAUUCUCGAAAUGCUGAUCGAAUCUCCUUCGCUUAUGAAACGUAUACUGACCCACUAGUUGACAAGCCUUACUUAUAUAUACAUGAAGAUGAUAUCCAUUCACCUAAUAAUCCAUUUGACAAAAAACAGAAUGAUUCACUGUCUACGCGGCGCUACAAGAGCAUGUACCGUGAUCUAAAUAACUUGGAUCUGGAUUGUCAAGAUGCGAAUGAUUUGUUCUGUUCAGAUACGACAAGUGAUUCGGAAAAAGACGGUGAGAUAAACAGUAAAGAAACAUUAAUUCAACCAAGAGCAAGGAAAGAAUAUCCAACUCAGCAGCAGCAGCAGCAGCAGCCAAGGGGCUCAAGACGAAAAGAAAUCAUUGAGGUCCCCCAUAUGCCUUCUCGUCUUCCGCGCCCAGUCACUAAAACUUUUGAAAGUGCACGCUCACAGUCAGACUUAGAUGAACACCAGCACAAACCGUUACAUUCUAUAUCGCAUAAAGGCAGGACCUUCACGAACGAUGAUACCAACGGAAUUUUCAAAGGAUACGGACCUAAUUUUCAUCGGUCUAACGGCUCAUCGAGAAAAUUUCAUGAGCUUAACAUUGAGAAUAAUCAUAACAGAAGAAUAUGGCAACAACGAGAAUGCAACAGACCAGAUGGAAUGAUUCAUAUGCUCUCUAAGGAAAUAAUAAGUUCGGAAAGCUCUGAAGACGACGAGAACUUUUACGUUCAAAGACGGCAACAAGCGAAAAAGAAAAUUUAUCGAGAAAGAAUUUCACCAGAUAAUGUUACAAAAAAUGUAAAGCGAUACGUCCUUGACCUGGAUCGUCUUGAAAGUUCUGAUGACGACGAUAAUAUGGAAUAUAGAGAGCACGCUUUCACUUCUCAGCCUCCAAACAGAAAUUUUGUUGGUACAGCAGUAAGAGGAAAAAAGGACGACAGAGAUUUGAGUUACAAGAAUAAGACAACUACCCAAAGAAAAGCUUAUUAUAAUGCAAAACGAUGGAAAGAUGAAGUUCAUAUUCGAGACGACAAUAUGGAAAAUGAAUUUAGGGAUUUUCCUGCUCAGUCGCAUGCAUAUCUUGCUAAGAAACAUAAAGAACCGGAUCGCGAGCAAGCAAGACAUAAAACAACUCAUAUUGAAAGUUCGGGAAAAAUUACAAGAAUGUCAAAGGCUAAACAGGAUUUGGAAGAAUACGAACAGCAUGAUCUGAAUCAGCACAUCGAGCCUCAACGGGAAGGAAUAUCCAACAGCGCUAGGAUAGAAGGUCAUAACAAUCUUAAAUUGACAAAAUACGACAUGAUAACGCUAAAGCAGACGGAGGAAACGCAUAGGAUGUUUAUGGAGGUUUGGCUACCAUCGAGAGCGUCCAGCCGUACAUACUCGAGGCUCAAGCGUUCCAUUUGGGACACGCCUGCACAUCUACUGGUUCUUAAACAGACACAUGCCGAAGAUACUGAAUAGUCUUUCUCCUCCAAGAACUCAAUAAAGUUGCUAGAAGUAAUGUAGUCCUACAGUAGCAAGUAGCAAGUAAAACCUAAUGUGCUUAUUGUCAACGUUUUUCAGUAAAUCAGCC